UUCAACACAUGGGUACAACCCAAUUUUAAAUCAACCUGUUGAGCAACCUCUCUAGGGGCCAGAAAGACGUAGUAGCCCGUGUCUUCUGUAGUUUAUUUCAUCUUUGUAUGAUCUCAAGCUUGUUUGUGUGAUUCAAGUGUGUGUAAACUUGUACAAUGUCCACGCGCACAGAGGGAAUGCUCGCACAGCUCAUCGAUGGCCCUGACUCUAAUGUCCACGGUGAUUACAGUAGUUCAGAGGUACGAUAUUCAGGACAGCGAUCAUUUUGCCAAAACCCCUUCAAGGUGGCAACAGCAUGCCUGGCUGCCAUUUGCCUCAUCUUACUCAUGAUCCUGGUGGCCACAAGUAUUCACAGUACGAGAAGUUUUGCUGCCCAAGAUUCAGCUGUUCAGGAUCCCCCCACCAGCUCUGCUGAAGCUCACAUGCAGAAGGCCUGUGCUAAUGUGUCUGAUAUGACUGCGGAAUUGCAGAAGCUGGAGAAAGAAAAAAAAGAACUGGAGGAAGAGAGAUCACAGCUGAAGUCCAAAAUUGCUGAGCUAGAGGCAAUCCCUACACCACGAACCACUCCAGCACAAGCAAAGGAUUCCUGCCCUGCUGGUUGGGAGCUCUUUAAGAGCAGUUGUUACUUCGUCUCUGUCUACAGCAGGAGCUGGCAAGAGAGUCAGUCUUACUGCAAAAGGAACGGAGGACAUCUGGCCAUCAUCCACACCGCUGAGGAACAGUCCUUUAUAUGGAACCUGCUGCCACGUGGCCACUGGAACGCUUACUGGAUUGGCGUAAGUGAUGAUAAAGCAGAAGGAGACUGGUACUGGGUGGAUGGAACCAAACUGGAUGGAGGUUUCUGGGAAGAAGGCGAGCCCAACAACCAUAUUGAUGAAGACUGUGGCUACAUGGUGAAAACCGAGAUUUUAAGUCGCGUGGCCACAAAGAGUUGGUAUGAUGCACCCUGCUUCAUGUCAUGGCCUUGGAUCUGUGAGAAGGUCACUGGCUCCUCUUGAGCAUCAUCUUCAUUCACUUUCAUGGUGAAACUUGAGGGUGUGUAUUGGCUAUAGGCCUGGUCUCAGGAUCUUUGUAACUUUUAAAGAAACGUAUAAGUAAAAAAUGGCUGCAAUAGUGGGUCAAAUAAAGUAGCUGUUUCUUUAAAUCGAAUGGCAAUAUAUGCAUUUCAGUAUUGUUUAAUGUAACCAUGCUUAAAGCACACUAGAUGUAAUGUGUAAACAAUUCUGCAUUUUUUCUGUUCAGACGAUUCUUUAACUGCAAAAAUCAGUUUGUAAUUAUAAAUAACCUGACUAACUGAUCUUGUUGAAUCUAUUGCUCUGUUUGCAUAAAAUAACAGGUAUUUGAGUAAAAAAAUAAAAAUACUGUUACCUGUCUUCUCUUCCUACACACACACACACACACACACACACACACACACACACACACACACACACACACACACACACACACACACACACACACACAAUAAAUAAAUAUCAGCCUGUUUUUAAGAUUUAUGCAUUU